GUUUCCCAACAGGCCAGAAAAAAACAAUGUUCUUUCCUGCUGAUUCAGCAGAAGGAAAAUGUUCUUCCAUGGCGUUCCGACUUAGCUAUAAACUUUCAUUGUCUUUACAAUGUUUGUUAAUCAUACACUAAAAGUCUGUCUAUCGCUGAACCUUUGACUCAUUUAACUAAUCUCAUUUACAGUUUUUCUUCUGUGCUUUCCUGAAUAAGAGAACAGUUCUAGAUUUAAGAAAACUCCACCAUGACUGCUAUAAAGAUUAAGGCAGGAAGUGUGCAUUUCUACAGCAAACCUAAACCGCCGUUCCUCGAGAUUUUCACCCGGAGCCUGAUAAUCCUCUGCACGGCCUUCGCCAUCGUGCUGUCCUCCAUAGCCGUGUGCGAUGGACACUGGCUGCUGGCCGAGGGCAAGAUGUUUGGACUUUGGCACUUCUGUACCCUGGAGGAUAAGUCUCUGCCCAACUGCACGACGGAUCUCGGGGAGGCUGGCGUAGACUCCCUGCCUGUCGGGCUGGUCUUGUGCAGGUCCGUGGUGUCCUUCAGCGUGGUGGCGGCCAUCUUCGGCCUGGAGCUGCUGGUCAUGUCUCAGGUGUGUGAGGACCAGGACUCCCGGAAGAGGUGGUCCGUAGGAUCCGCGCUCGUCCUCCUGUCUUUCACGCUGUCGGCGUCAGGGCUGCUGGGGUUCGUCGCCCUGCUGUGGAGCUACGCCAGUCUCCUGGGCUUCAGCCUGACAUUCUGGUGUCAGUUCACAGCAGCGUUCCUCUUCUUCCUGAACGGCAUGAGCGGACAUCACAUCCACAGCAUGGUCCUGCUGCCAGUGGGGAACGCCGGGAAAAUCUUAGGAUGAGAUUCCACCUUCUUUCUGGAUUCAGGGCAAACAUCCACGUACAGUACGGUCACACAGUCUAAGAGGGCCGCUGUCUAGGUGGGAUCUGAUAGCAAGUCGUGUCCGCAUGGCAGUGUAUCACAUUAUAUGCCUGUUACUUCUCUUUGUGGGGACUUCCUGUUGACUCUCAUCAAUAGCCUUUUCACUGUUCCAGACUCGGCUCAGAUAACAAGGAUUUUCCUUGACACUUUCAGACUUAAAAGCAGGUGCCAUGUGGUUUGGGAACAGAGCCAUUUGCACUGCAGGGAUGUCUUCUGGUUGUCGGGAGUUAUUAUCCUUGUGAGGACAUUUUCUAAGAUUGUGUCCCAAUGUGGCAAGUAAUACAUACUGUAAAUACUGAUGGGCAUUGUAACUGAAGCUGCCUUCUGUAUUUGUUAGAACAGAUGAAUACAUUCAGAAUAAAGAUAUUGCCUUUAUAGCUUGGUUUCAAAUAGUUGAGGUUUGAAGGUAAAUACCCGUUUCACAGAUUCAGGAAAUGGCCAGAUUUUUGUUAAAGCCUGUCAUUUAAGGCAAAUGUUAGAAGAGAUUGUAUUGUAUUGUCUUUUAAUUUCUUUAAGUUUUUACAUUUCGUACAGGUUAAAACUGCACCACAUGAACAAACAACUUGUUCUUUUUCUACUUCAGUGAGCCACACCUGAACAGUACAGUCAGGAAUUUAAAGAUUUUAAUGUUAUUUUCUUAACUCACCAGGAGUUUUGUUUGUCAAGACUGUCCCAUUUUCCUUUAUUUCAGUAAAUCUUUUUUACUUAAUAAAUAUUUUUGUUGGGUUUAUA